AUGGGCAGCGCCCACCCUCGCCCCUGGCUGCGGCUCCCACCCCGGCCUCAGCCGCGGCCUGAGCUGUGUGCGCUCCUGUUCUUCCUACUGCUGCUGGCUGCUGCUGUGCCCAGGUCAGCACCCAACGACAUCCUGGGCCUCCGCCUACCCCCAGAGCCUGUGCUCAACGCCAACACAGUGUGCCUGACACUGCCCGGUCUGAGCCGGCGGCAGAUGGAGGUGUGUGUGCGUCACCCUGACGUGGCUGCUUCAGCGAUCCAGGGCAUGCAGAUCGCCAUCCACGAGUGCCAGCAUCAGUUCCGGGACCAACGCUGGAACUGCUCCAGCCUGGAGACUCGGAACAAAGUCCCCUACGAGAGCCCCAUCUUCAGCAGAGGUUUUCGAGAGAGUGCUUUCGCCUACGCCAUAGCAGCUGCUGGAGUGGUGCACGCAGUGUCCAACGCGUGCGCCCUGGGUAAACUACAGGCUUGUGGUUGCGACGCCUCCAGGCGUGGGGACGAAGAAGCCUUCCGUCGGAAGCUGCACCGCCUGCAGCUGGAUGCGCUGCAGCGCGGUAAAGGCCUGAGCCACGGGGUCCCAGAACACCCUGCUCUGCCCCCUGCCAGCCCUGGCUUGCAGGACUCCUGGGAGUGGGGUGGCUGCAGUCCGGAUGUGGGCUUCGGAGAACGCUUUUCCAAGGACUUUCUGGACUCCCGGGAGCCUCACAGAGACAUCCAUGCACGCAUGAGACUCCACAACAACCGUGUCGGCAGGCAGGCGGUGAUGGAGAACAUGCGGCGAAAGUGCAAAUGCCAUGGCACCUCAGGCAGCUGCCAGCUAAAGACGUGCUGGCAGGUGACGCCUGAGUUUCGAGCAGUGGGGGCGCUGCUGCGCAAUCGCUUCCACCGCGCCACGCUCAUCCGGCCGCACAACCGCAACGGUGGCCAGCUGGAGGCCGGCCCCGCGGGGGCACCCUCGCCGGCUCCCGGCACUUCAGGGCUGCGCCGAAGGGCCAGCCACUCCGACCUUGUCUACUUUGAGAAAUCGCCAGACUUCUGCGAGCGCGAGCCGCGUCUGGACUCGGCGGGCACCGUGGGCCGCCUGUGCAAUAAGAGCAGCUCUGGCCCGGACGGCUGCGGCAGCAUGUGCUGUGGCCGCGGCCACAACAUCCUGCGCCAGACGCGCAGUGAGCGCUGCCACUGCCGUUUCCACUGGUGCUGUUUCGUGGUCUGCGAAGAAUGCCGAAUCACCGAGUGGGUCAGCGUCUGCAAGUGA